CAAGAUGCAUUAUCAUGGGAAAGCAUUGGAGGAGCUUCUGGUUUCUGCUAAAAGUCAGGAAUGCCUUACUGUCGGGGUCUACGAGUCUGCAAAACUAAUGAAUGUUGAUCCAGACUGCGUGGCUUUCUGUGUUCUGGCAACUGAUGAGGAGUACGAAUGCGACAUCGCCCUGCAGAUCCACUUCACCUUAAUCCAGGCGUUCUGCUUUGAUAACGAUAUAGACAUCGUGAGAGUGAACGACACCCAGCGACUGGCUGAGAUUCUGGGCAAUACUGAUGAGUCUGGCGAACCUGAAGAAGUGCAUUGCAUUCUUGUCACGAAUCCAAGUGAAGAUACUUUUGAAGACCCUGCUCUGGAAAAGCUGAGCUUGUUCUGUGAGGAGUGUCGCGGCUUCAAUGAAUGGGUCCCUGCUAUCACACUCCCUGAGUGUUGAACUGAGACACGUCAA